AUGUCUAAUACAGAAUUAUUAUCAGAUCAAGCAACACAAAAAGUUGAUGAUUUAUCUUGUUCAAUUACGGAAAAUGUUAUUGUAUCAUCUGAUCAACAAGAAUCAGCAUUGAUAAAUAGUCAGUCAAAUUCAUGUUGUAAAGAUAUGUCCAAUGUUGAUUCACAAGUAAUAGAAUCCAAAGCAGAAGCUGAUAUAAAACCGUCCGAAGAUAAUGAUUUUCAUUUAAUUAAAUGGAUUGAUUUUAAUUUUGAAUAUUUACCAAUACUUCUACAAAAUGUUAAUGGUCCUUGUCCUCUUCUUGCUAUAUUUAAUAUUCUUUUACUUAGAAAACGAAUUAUUCUUGAUCCAAACAGAGAUGCAAUAAGUACAGAACGAGUUAUAACAUUACUUGCUGAACACAUUCUCGAACAUGAUCAAUCGAAAUUAUCUGAGGAAGAUCGAAUUAAUUAUGAACACAAUGUUCAAGAUGCACUUGCUGUACUUGAUAAACUUAAAACAGGAUUAGAUGUUAAUUUGAAAUUUGAUGGUGUAGAUAAAUUUGAAUAUACACCUGAAUGUAUUAUAUUUGAUUUACUUAAUAUUCAAUUAUUUCAUGGAUGGGUUAUUGAUCCACAAGAUACAGAAUUACGAACGAUUGUAACUACAGAUGCACCAAGUUAUAAUCAAUUAGUUGAAAAAAUGAUUCGACAACGACAUUCCGAACGAGAAGAACUUGUUCGAGAAAGUUUAUUAAUUGAACAAUUUCUCGAUGAAAAUCGUUCUCAAUUAACACAUUAUGGUAUUCUUCAAUUAAAUCAAACAAUGCGUGAUAAUCAAUUAGCUGUUUUUUUUCGUAAUAAUCAUUUUAGUACAAUAUGGAAAAACCAAAAUCAACUUCUUGUACUUGUUUCUGAUCAAGGUUAUUUAGAUCAUAAAUCAAUUGUAUUUGAAACAUUAACUGAUAUUGAUAAUGAUAGUUUAUUUACGGAUGGUUAUGGACGAAUAUGGCGAAAACCAGAAGCAGUCGAUUCUUCUCGAGAUCGUGAUCUUGCUAUAGCAUUACAUAAUGAAGAAGAACGAUUGUUUCACGAAGCUCAAUUACAACAACAACAACAACAACAGCAACAUCAAACUUUAGUAAAUUCUAGUCAACCGACUGGUUCAUCUUUGCGACAAUCGAAAAAAUCGAAAAAUAAAUCGAAACGAUCAUCAGAUGACGAUGAUGAUAAAGACUCUUGUACUUUACUUUAA